GCCACUAACCUUUAGAGGGAAACGUCUGCACAAACAAAUCUGACUGAAAAAAAAGCACAGUUUCACCUGCUGAUAAUAAAAAAAGAAAGGAGGGAGAGAUCUGGACAGCAGACAUCCUCUCCUCGUCCCGCUGUGCUUGUAGUCACUUCGCUCCAGUUUGUUAUGGAGAGAUGAGGGUGUCUCAUUUUACGCACAGCGAGGAGAGGCUGGAUGGAGGAAACAGGCAAACCAACAAUGCGAGGACGUUGCAGGAGGACGUGGUGCUAAUCUGAAAGUAAGAUGAAAGGAAAAGAGCAUCCGAAGUCCCGUUUUCCGCUGAUUUACUCCACUCGGCUAUAAAUCCAGACACCAUGAAGGCUGAUGGAGAGCAAACUUUAACUGCACUGACUGAUAAUAUAUCAUGUUCUUGAAUCAGACGAAUCUUUGAAUGUGGCAAGGACAUUUGGACUAUGAUGCUCAGUCCUGACCAGCAGGAACCCGACCUCCCCUGGGGACAAACGGACAGAGAAAGCCUCCUGAACACUCUCAGCGCGCAGCGUGGCUCCAUUCCGGCCACGUCCACGGAUGGAGACGGAAAAGCGCGCUCCGGGGAGGAGAGGAGACGCAGGAGACGCGCCACGGCUAAAUAUCGAUCUGCGCAUGCGUGCAGGGAGCGGAUCCGCGUCGUGGCCUUCAACGUGGCUUUUGCAGAACUGAGGAAACUGCUGCCGACCCUCCCACCAGACAAAAAGCUGUCCAAGAUUGAAAUCCUGCGACUCGCGAUCUGUUACAUCUCCUACCUCAACCACGUGCUGGAUGUUUAGGACGAACUGCUGCACAGCUGAAGAUGAGCUGAAGGUGGGAUGACAGCCAGGACAAGGUUUCUAAAGAGGUCUACACAGAUAUUAUAACCUGUGCAUCCCAUGAUUAAUCUAUCACGUCGUUUGUAACUUAUGGGAAUCAGUUUAUUGAACGUAAAAUGAUGUUAUAUCUGUGAGCCAUACUACUAAAACAUCACAAUGUUUGAUCUUGAAUUUGCUGCCUUGUGUUUACUGGUCACACCAAUUUGUAAAUAUAUUUAUUUUAAA